CUUUGAGUCCACCCCAAGCAAUGCAAUUUUGACUCAUCAAAUAUGAAAGUUCGUCGCAGUUUCUCCUCUCCUCUCUAUAAAUCCCCCAUUGAAAUUUCCAAACUCCGCAGAGGAAGAGAAAAAGAUCCGCAGCCAUGGCAGUGACUCUCCGGCCGCUGGAUCUGACCGACAUCGACGAUUUCAUGGUGUGGGCGUCGGACGAGAAGGCGGCUCGAUCCUGCUCGUGGGAGCCAUACACGGACAAAUCAGACGCCCUAAAGUUCAUCAAAGACAAAGUCCUGCCGCACCCGUGGUACCGGGCGAUCUGCGUCGACGGCCGGCCGGUCGGAGCGAUAUCGGUGACGGCGAAUUCGGCGGCCAGGGACCGGUGCGGAGGCGAGCUAGGGUACGUAUUGGGCUCCAAUUUUUGGGGGAAAGGGAUCGCGACGGCGGCGGUGAAAUUGGUGGCGGAGAGGAUUUUCGAGGAGCGGCCGGAAUUGGAGCGGGUGGAGGCGCUGGUGGCUGUGGAGAAUUUGGCGUCUCAGAGAGUGGUGGAGAAGGCCGGUUUUCACAGAGAAGGUGUUCUCAGAAAGUAUGGAGUAUUGAAGGGCAAAACCAGGGAUUUUGUCAUGUUCAGUCUUCUUUCUACUGAUCUUCAAUCCAAAAUUAUUGAUGAACUGUACUGCGUCAAAAUUUCUGAAUGAUUUUAAUUUGAGUUUCGAAUUCAGUAGUUUUUACAGAUUUGUGUGCAAGGGAGAAGGGCCGCCAUUGUUGUAGUGUGUAAGCUUAAAAUCGAUAUGAAUUUUUUCUCUCUCUAAAAGGUCCAUCAAGUCUUUACUCAUUGGAGAGGAGCUAUGUAUCUGUGGAUGUACUCAUAAUUUCAUUGGAUUAAGUAAGAUUCAAUUAAGCUUAAAAGAAAAUGUCUUUUUUGGAA